CAAAAAAUUUAAUCUUGAACAAAACAUGAAUAAUUUCUUAUUCCUUCUGUAUUCUAGGUUUAAGCCUAACCAAAACUGCAUCCGAAUCCAUCCGUCCUGCUCUGUUCACCUUUGUCUUAGCCGCCGAGCUGCUCCUCUGGCUUCCGCCGCCUCUUGCUUCCUUCCAUCGCCGUUUACCCGUUUUGCUUUAUGUAAUCGUACUGCAGAAGUGUGCUGGUAUAGUUCGUCUUUCUUGAAGUAGUGUGACAUUGGAGAUGAGGAAAAGGAGGAGAAUGAUUUGGAUUAGGAGAACUGAAGAAGAUGAAGAAGCAAUCUUCCUUGUUUGUUCCCAUACUUUGUGCUUCUCCUUUGUUCUCCUUCUCACUCUACAAUUGCAGACGUUUCAAAGAAGCAUCUUGAUGAAGCUCCUUGUGAUGCUCCACCCUUGCUCGCUUGCCUUCAUCCUUUCUUCGUCUCUCCCGUUGCUUCUAUUCUCCCAAUAUCCAUGGAACCCAACGUAGUAACUUCAGAAUUUAGCUUUUUUUCCCCACAAGAAAAUGGUUGGCUCCUUGUUUCGUCCCAUCCAUUUUCUAUUCAAUAUCUCUCCUCUUAUCCACUUUUCUCUCUCAUUUUCCCUUAUUCCUUUACAUGCCCUCACGCCACGUUGUCUCCUUCGUCAUCUUGGGUUUGCUUGCCAUUUUCUCUUAGAUUCCGACUCGUUGAACUCGGACGAGCUCGAGAUGGAGCACGAUUUCUCGCGACCUGUAUCAGAAAACCAUUUCAUUCCGAUUAUCAACCGUACCAUCUACCCUGCUCGUAAAAUUAACACCGGAAAUUCCUUCCACAGGAAGUAUUCUUUUGAUAGAAAAUGGCGCCACAAAGGGAAUUUUAUUAAGAGAAUCACGCUAGCUCUUUCUAAGCAAGGAUGGGAUUUAAAUUUCCAUGCUUUUUUUAGCAUCGACCAAGAUUCUUGGUAUUUUACCCGGAUGCUGAAUGAUUUGUUCGAUGAGAGCUUGGAUGGUGCCCUCGUGUAUUACUUGUUCAGGAUGUUGCAUAGGUACGAUGAUAAAUCGGAGAAUAAGUUGAAUAUCUACUGUACGAUGGUGCACAUAGCUAUUUCAGGUAAUAUGAACCAUGUUGCCAUGGACCUUCUCUGUAGGAUUGUUCGAAGCAAUGACCCAUUUGAAGAUGGGCUUAAUAUGAUCUUUCAUGCAUUGUGGCAGACGAGGAGAAAUGCAGGUGAGUUGGAAACUGCAUAUAGUAUGCUUGUUAUUUGUUUUGCAGAGCAAGGCAUGUUGGAUAUGUCUGUUAAGUUAAUGACAAGGAUGGAGAAGUUUGGCUUUUAUCCAAGCAAUGGUGUCUAUAUUGCCGUUGGCUUUUUGUUGAAGUCACGGUUCACUAAUAAAUUUGAAUCUGAUAGACAUUUAUUUGUGGAAAUGGAAAACUUGGGAGCUCGGUUGAUUGGAUUGACUGUAAGCUUAUUUAUCCGGGAAUUUGUUUCGUUUGGUUGCUUAGAGUCUGCUUGCAAGUUACUUUAUGACACGCCAACUUUUGGUGGCAAGGCUGAUAAUGUUGCAUACACAAUUGUGAUUGAUGCAUUUUGCAAAAGAGGCUUCUUAAAAGAGGCAACUUCAUUGCUGUUUAAGAUGGUUCAGAUGGGUUUAUCUUUAGACUCCACUUUAAUUGCUUCUCUUGUUCAUGGCUAUUGUAAGAUUGGAAAAAUGGAAGCUGCAUUGAUUCUAUUGAACAUUUCAGCUUGUGUUCCUGAUUCUUACGUGUAUAAUAGCUUUAUUUUCACAUGGUGUCAAAAUGGAGAUGUUGAAAGUGCUCAUGCACUGUUGAAUAUGAUGUUUGAGUUAGAUGUAGCUCCUGACUGUGUUAAUUAUACCACUCUGAUCAAAGGCUAUUGUAAACUAUACCGAAUAAAUCAUGCUAUGAAAACUUUUGCUCAAAUGACUAAAAGAGGUGUUGAACCAACGAUUGUAACUUAUACAGUUUUAGUUGACGGUCAUUGCAAAAUUGAUGAUAUUCAAGGGGCAGAGUUUGUCUUUAAUGCACUAGAAAGAGAUGGGUUGCAAGCUGAUGUAGCUACGUAUAACACUUUGAUCAAUGGGUAUAGCAAGAAGGGACAUAUGCACAAAGCAUAUGAACUGGUGGAUUUGAUGAAGAAGGCUGGGGUUUCUCCAGAUUCUGUGACAUACAAUAUGAUCAUGCAUGGUCUUAUUAAGAGAGGAUUUUCUAUAAAAACAAUCUUUAAUGAACUUGUUAGAAGAGGAUAUUCUCCUGAUGAGGUUUAUUCAUCAGAUAAGUUUACAUGCACAAAUAUUGUUCAUGGCUAUUCUAAAGAAGGAAGGUUAGAAGAAGCUUAUCUUAUAUGGUGUAGUAUGAGCAAGAGAGGGAUGACACCUGAUGUUGUCACUUGCAGUGCUUUGUUAAAUGGGUUUUGUAAAAUGCGUCGGAUGCAGGAUGCUGAUGUUCUAUUUCACAAGAUGUUGGAUGCCGGUUUAAAGCCUGACUUAAUUCUGUACAAUACUCUAAUACGUGGAUUUUGUAAUGUUGGUGACAUUUGCAAAGCUUGCCAAUUUUUAGUCAUGAUGAAGGCCAGCGGUAUUUUUCCAAAUGAUAUUACAAAAUAUGCCCUAAUUAUUGGCCUUGAGAAAAAGGGGGUAGAGACUACCCAAGAAAGUGCAACAAUGUUAAUUCAACAGCUGUUUUUAAUGGAAUGACAGUAUUUUGUGAGUUACAUAUAUGAUAAAAAAAUGAUAACAUAGAUCUGGAGAGUUUGCGACAUGAAGAGUGCAUUGAUGAGGAGACAUAACAAGGUCAAACUAGGUUGCUGACGCAUGUCAUGGAAAGCUUGUUCAGAAACGUCGACAAAGGAUAUGAGAAGGGAGAAUGGCGUUCAACAAUUCAACAAAAUGUUAGCCUCCACUCAAAAUAGUGUGCAUUUAGCUGAAAAAAUUCACGUGGAGACGGACUAUACUGGACGGGCAACUCUUUAAGAGCAUCACUAAAGACCCAGAUAAAAAAAUUAAAAUACUUACAGAGCUUCAACGUACCCGAUUGGUGGACAUGGAGGUAUAUGUAGCAGAUCAGCAAGAGUUACGACAUAAUUUUAUUGGUCUACAAUGAAGAAAGAUAUUUCAACAAUAAUUUGGAAAGAAAUUACCAUGGAUUUUAUUACAAGCCUAUCUAAAUCUCUUGGCAAGUCAUUCAUUAUAGUAGUAGUAGAUUGCCUCUUCAAAUGGGAAAAUUGUUGCGUCCAGUCAGCUGACAUGCGGACAACCAAUCCAGAGAUGCCACCUCACCCGGAUGCACUGGGCCCCGAUUUUUUUGAAUGACGUGGCGUGUUUUUAUUGGUGUCCGGACGAAUCUGGACACCAGACACAAUAAUUUGCCCUUCAAAUGUGCUCACUCUAAUAAUUUUCAGCUUUGACUGUGGGAGCUGAAAAUUAGGUAGUAUUCCUAAGGUGAAUGCAUUAUAUCAUGAUCCUAUUUUUAUGCAUAACUUUAAAUUAUGAUCACCCAAAAUCAGAUGGGUAAAAUUGAAGUUACAGACUGAGAUUUAGGACAACUUCUAUCCAAAUGGGUGAAAUUUCUACCCUGCAGAAAA